UGUGUGUGCGGAGAGACAGAGAGACAGAGACAGGGAGAGUGAGGGCUGUGUGUGUGCAGAGAGACAGAGAGAGAGACAGGGAGAGUGAGGGCUGUGUGUGUGCAGAGAGACAGAGAGAGAGAGACAGGGAGAGUGAGGGCUGUGUGUGUGUGUGCAGAGAGAGAGACAGAGUGAGGGCUGUGUGUGUGUGGAGAGAGACAGGGAGAGAGACAGGGAGAGAGGAGGAGAGAGCUGUGUGGGGAGAGAGACAGGGAGAGUGAGGGCUGUGUGUGUGUGUAGAGACAGAGAGACAGAGGGCUGUGUGUGUGUGUGUGUGGAGAGAGAGACAGGGAGAGUGAGGGCUGUGUGUGUGUGUAGAGCCAGAGAGACAGAGAGACAGAGGGCUGUGUGUGUGUGUGUGUGGAGAGAGAGACAGGGAGAGAGGAGGAGAGAGCUGUGUGCGUGGUGAGAGUGGGGGGAGGGAGAGAGAGCGGCAGGGGAGAUGCAAGGGGGCAAAGGCUGAAGGAUUUAGACCAGACACGCGUACACACGCAGACACGCGUACACACGCAGACACGCGUACACACGCAGACACGCGUACACACGCAGACACGCGUACACACGCAGACACGCGUACACACGCAGACACGCGUACACACGCAGACACGCGUACACACGCAGACACGCGUACACACGCAGACACGCGUACACACAGAGACACGCGUUUACACACACAGACACAUGUACACACAGAGACACGCGCACACACACACAGAGACGCGUACACACAGAGACGCGUACACACAGAGACGUGUACACACAGACACGCGUACACACAGAGACACGCGUACACAGAGACACGCGUACACACGCCGCAGAGACAAUGAGCACGCAGACACAGCGGCUGUGUGCGUGUGUGCAGAAGACGCAUAGGGGGUGUCAGCCAGCAGUGAAUUGAUUGUUCACCACGUACAAAUAGAUAGCACACACAGAGACACACACACACACACAGAGACACAGAGAGACACACACACACAGAGACACACACACAGAGACACACACACAGAGACACACACACACAGAGACACACACACACAGAGACACACACACACAGAGACACACACACAGAGACACACACACAGACACACGUGUAUGCACACGCGUAAUGAGACGCACACACACACGUGUAGCUACAGCGUACGGAGAUGCAAAGAUCCAGCGUGUAGCCUUGCGUAGCAAUUGAGGACAACUCACACACACACGCACAAUCACAGAGACACACACACACAGAGACACACACACACACGCACAAUCACAGAGAUACACACACAAUCACACACACACAGAGACACACACACAGAGACACGCGCGCGCAUAGAGACACCUACAGAAGAUACGAAGAAUACCAAGGAUUUGACGGGGUUGGAUUCCUAGCUAAGGAGGAGGAGGUCCCCUGCCUCAUCAACACCUUUGAGGGGACACACCAGGACAUCGGGCGAGGGGGAGCGAUCUCCUGCCGCUCACCCGCCGCUCACCCGCCUCCACCUCUACCUCCACCUCAACCUCAACCUCCACCUCUACCUCCACCUCCACCGCCUCCACCUACGGCCACACCCUCGGCCUGGUCCAUCAUGGCCAGCGCGUGGUGGUCGUGGUGGUGGUGCUGCAGCUGCUGCUGGAUGGUGGCCGCUGUGAUGGCCGGAGAAGGAGGAGGUGACGGAGGUGGAGUUGGCGGUGGUGGCGGUGGUGCCGUUGGCGGCGGCGGUGUUGGUGGUGGCGGCGUUGGUGGCAACGUUGGUGGUGGUGGUGGCGGCGUUGGUGGCAACGUUGGUGGUGGUGGUGGUGGCGUUGGUGGCAACGUUGGUGGUGGUGGCGUUGGCGGCGGCGUUGGCGUUGGUGGCAACGUUGGCGUUGGUGGCGUUGGCGGCGUUGGUGGCGUUGGCAUUGGCGGCAACGUUGGAGCUGGAGGGCCUCCAUUGGUGGUGCGGGUGAGGAGCGUGGGCGGCGAGGUGAUCGCCCAAGCGGUCGGCGCCGACAGGCCCCGGCGGGCUCCUCCCGGGGGAGGCCCCGGCGGGGGAGACGAGGCCGCCGCUGCGGCUCGUGGCGGCGGCGGCGGCAGGGACGCUGGGAGGGACGCCGGGGCCGUGUGGCUCGAGUUCCGCAAGGCCGACGGGACCCACGUGUCCAUGAGGGCCGACUUCACUCUGGGAGUGAAGGUCUUCAAGGUGCUGGUGCUGGGGGAGAUGGAGCGGGGUCAGGAUGAGUACCGCACGAGCUGCUUCAUCGCGCGACUCCACGCACGCGAAGUCCUCUCGCCAGAGUCCGUCAGCAAACUCCGCCAGCGGAACUCGGCGGUGGUGCGCGGUGCGGGGGAGAGCCGCCCCGCUGAGACGCUGCGCAUGGAGCUGCUGGUGGCGCUGAGCAACGCGACGGAGCGUGCGGCCCGCCUCUACAGCGCCUGCACCGACGCCUGGGACGCGGCGUACAGCAACGCCGACACCGUGCGGGCCCUCAACCGCGGCGGCGGGCCUCCGGUGAUGACCAUCCUCGCUCAGCUCAACCUCCCCGUCUCGCCCGCCCCCUCGCCACCACCGGGCUCGCCGCCUUCCUUCUCACCGCCGUCACCAUCUUCACCGCCGCCGCCGCCGCCGUCACCGUCGCCGCCUCCCUCGCCGGCCUCGCCGCGGUGCCGCGAGUCUCGCUCGCCCUCCGCGCCCUGCGUCUGCCGCUGCGCCGUCUGCGUGGAGUGGCUUCCGUGCGGACUGCGCAAGUGCAAGGUGGCUCAGCUGCAGCAGCAGCAGCAACAGCGCCUGCAGCAGCAGCAGCAGGGCGUGGGAGGAGAUCGCGAGGACGGAAGCCCCGGAGGGUCGGACGUACGGACGUGCGGGGUGCGGGCCUGCAGCAAGUGCUGGACCUUUGAGUUCAUCGUCCCCUCCCGUAACCUCUGCCUGUGGGGAGACGAUGGCGCCUGAUUGGUUGGAGGGUGUGGGGCGGGGGGGCGGAGGGGGGGCGGGGUACUGGCAUGUGAUUGGCUGAUGCGGUGUUGGCCGGUAAGGUGACGCGCCAUUGGGCUGCCGGGACGUUCGAGAGGUCGGGUUUGUUGGGGUGUGGCGUGCGAUUGGCUCACGUCGUUCUGGGUUAGCGUGGGAUUGGCUCGUGGUGGCGCCCGGUUAGCUGACGUGUGAUUGGUUGCUGGGACGCUUGAGGGGUCGGGCUGUUGGGGUGUGGCGUGUGAUUGGCUCGUGGUGGCGCCUGGUUAGCUGACGCUGAUUAGCUGAUGAGGUAUGCCGGUUAGCUGACAGAUGAUUUGCUGACGCGCUGCGUGGUUUUACAUUUCCCACAAUUAACAGCUGUUUUAAACGUGGAGAUAAAAUCACCCAAGUUAGAAUUCGCGUGCCGUUCUUUAAACACUGACACUUACAAUUCACUCGGAAAACUGAACCCAAGGUCUCUAUUAUUAUCAUUGCUUGCAGUAAAAUCGUCAAUGUUAACGUUUAAGGAACCGCACGGCCGAUUUAGUCUUUGACCAGGAGCUGUCAUCCGUCCAUACUUCCCCUCCGGCCGGGUACGGGUACGGGUACCCGUUUGCGACCCUGGUGCGGCCGGGUACGGGUAGGCCGUGAGUCACCGGUGAGUCACCGUUUGUCACUCAUUUCCCGACGUCUUGUCUCUUCUCACAAUUCAAGUUCCUAGAAUCAACCCACCCGCGCCUGCAACAUGGCUUCAUCCCAGAGGUCGCAAUCGGGUACCCGAUACCCGUACCCCACCCGUACCCGGCCGGGUACGGGUGGGGUACGGGUACAACCGGGUACGGGUACCCGUUUGCGACCCUGGUGCGGCCGGGUACGGGUACGGGUAAGGAAUUAAAACCCGUUUGUGACCUCUGCCGCACGCGGUUAGACCCGUUGGCCUGACGUUGGCCUGACGUUGGGCUGACGUUGAGCCUGACGCUCCGGGUAUUCCGGGGUGCCCAGUAAACAUGUGAUCGUCCGCGAGGGAAGUCCGCCGCUGUUUUUUCGCGUUAAACGUCCGACCGACGUUCGUCCGACGUUCUGUUUAUACAGCGAGCCAGGAGGUGGAUUGAAAGUCGUUCACUCAUUGACAGAGCCCCCCCCAACC